CCAUCUGAAAGAAAAAGUUUCGCGUUGCUUAUUAAAAUAAAAAUAUUUUCCUCUAAAUUCAUAUUAUUAAAAAACAAAAAUAUUAGUAAAUAAAAAUAAACUCCACAAUUUGUUUUAUUAUUUAAAACAAAUUCCAUCCAACCAUGGCGGAUCCACUUAGUCUCCUCCGUCAAUACAACAUCAAGAAAAAAGAUAUAAUCGAAAAGAAUUCGCAAAUUGUUUUUGGUGAGUUUUCGUGGCAUAAAACUGUUAAAACUAAUUAUCUAAAAUAUGGAUCUGGAAAAAAUGGUUCACUCAAAGAAUAUUAUUCACUCGAGUGUUUGCUGUAUUUACUACGCAAUGUUUUGCUACAGCAUUCGGUGUAUGUUCGGCAAUGUGCGGCGGAAGAUAUACCCGCCGUCAAUCGGCCAGAUCGAAAAGAAUUACUGGCCUAUUUGAAUGGCGAAACUUCCACAUGUGCUAGCAUUGAUAAAAGUGCUCCACUCGAAAUUCCCACACAAAUUAAAAGACCACUCGAAUCCGAUGGUUCUGGUCCAGAAAUAUUUGCCAAAAAGGCACGUUUUGAAGAUAUGCAAGUCCAAAAGGUACGAGAGCAAUUAGCAGCUCGUUGGUCUGUUAAUAGAAAAGAAGCCACAGUUAAUGUGGACAAUAUUAAGUCUUUGUCCGAGACAAUGUCUGUGGAGAAGAUUGCUGCCAUUAAAGCCAAACGAUUGGCAAAUAAGAGAAUUACAAUCAAACGCCACGACAAUGAAGAUGUCAUGGGAACCGAUAUGCGGGCAAUUCUCGAUUUCGAUGUCGAUUCCACCAAAGACAUUAUAAGUCGCGAACGCCAAUGGCGAACUCGCACCACAAUCCUCCAAAGUACUGGUAAGAUCUUUGCCAAGAAUAUAAUUGCCCUUUUGCAGGGAAUCAAAGCCCGCGAAGAAGGUCGCAACAGACCCCCACAAAAUAUUAAAGUCCCCGAACCAGUGAGGGUGUCAAAACCACAACAACAACUCGCCCAAUACAACAGAUACGAUCAGGAAAGAUUCAAUCGUCAAAAGGAAGAAACCGAAGGAUUUAAAAUCGACACAAUGGGAACGUAUCACGGAAUGUCGUUAAAAUCUGUAACAGAAGGUUCGAGUGCGCAAAGAAAGACCCAAAUACCCAAUAACUUUGGGCUGGACAAUAAGAAUCCAAAAGUUGUUCCGUCCAAUGCGCCGAAGAGGGUUUCUAGAACUCCCAUUAUUAUCAUACCUUCAACCAAUUCAAGUUUGAUAACAAUGUACAAUGCAAAGGACAUUUUACAAGACUUGAAAUAUGUCUCCACGGAAGAGAAGAAAAAAUCUGGGUAUUCACGAGACAAUGAAGUCUUGUUGCAACGACGAAAGAACAAUACAACCGUUUCUUAUCGAAUUAUCGACAAUCAUCAGAAACUUGCCCCGCACGAUUGGAAUCGAGUUGUUGCUGUAUUUGUUAUGGGACCCGCUUGGCAAUUCAAAGGAUGGCCCUGGGAUGGUAAUCCAGUGGAGAUAUUUUCGAAAAUUUGCGCCUUUCAUUUGCGAUUUAAUGAGAUGAAAUUGGAUGGAAAUGUUGGCAAGUGGGCGGUUAAUUUAUUGAAUUUGUCACAGACAAAAAGGCAUUUGGAUAGAGCAGUUUUGAUGUCGUUUUGGGAGAAAUUGGAUAAAUACAUGUUGAAAUAUAAACCAGAAUUAAAGUUUUAAUACAAAAUAUGAUGCAAUCAAUGAUGAUGGUUUUGGAUUGGACACCCUUCAGAGAGAGAGUUUGGGAAAGUAGUUUGGAGAUCUACAUUUUGAACUCGUAUUUCACACACCAACAAAGGAAUAAGGAUUUUUUUUUCGUUUGUUUUAAGUUCUCAAUUUUAUAUUUUACAAAAAAAUGUAUUUAAUCGAUUUUUUUCUUUUUUUUUUUUUCUUUUUCUGUUUGAAUCUAUAAGACAAAUAAAAUUAUUAACAA